GCGGCGGGAAACUACAAGUCCCACACGUCGCAAUGCGGAAGUAACUCAACGAAAACACGGCGAGGCAGCGGGGUCACCGCCGAGAAGAUGUCUCAUGUCGGGAAGAAGAGAAAACUGGACAAAAGCCGGCAGGACAGGCUGUACUUUGACAGCUACUCCGAUGUGACCAUCCACGAGGAGAUGAUAGCGGACCACGUCCGAACCAACGCGUACCGGAUGGCGAUACUGAGGAACAGCGAGUCCAUACGGGGGAAGGUUGUUCUGGACGUCGGGGCAGGAACCGGCGUUUUGAGCAUUUUCUGUGCCCAGGCCGGCGCGGAGAAAGUCUACGCCGUCGAGGCCUGCUCGAUCGCCGAGCAGGCUGUGAAGAUCGUGAAACAGAACAAUAUGGAGGACCGAGUUGAAGUCAUCCGGGGCACAGUGGAGACGGUGGACCUCCCGGAGAAGGUGGAGGUGAUCGUGAGCGAGUGGAUGGGUUAUGCCCUCCUGCACGAGUCCAUGCUCAACUCGGUCCUGUACGCCCGGGACAAGUGGCUGAAACCGGGCGGCGUCAUCCUCCCGGGCAAAGCCGAGCUGUACAUCGCGCCCAUCAGCGACCCGGUGGUGGAGGACCGCCUACACUUCUGGCACAGCGUCAAAGACCAGUACGGCGUGGACAUGUCCUGCAUGGCCGACUUCGCCACGAGGUGCAUCAUGAACUCCGACAUCACCGUGAACUCUGUGACCGUGGAGGACGUGCUGUCCCACCCGGCCCGCUUCGCCGAGCUCGACCUGCACUCCGUCACCGUGGAGGAGCUGCGCUCGGUGAAGGGCGAGUUCCGGUGCGAGUCGUUCGGCUCGGCGGCAAUGAACGCUUUCUGUGUUUACUUCACGGUGACUUUCCCGUGCCCGGACAAACCGCUGGUGCUCUCCACGUCCCCGUUCAUGCCGGAGACGCACUGGAAGCAGGCGGUGCUGUACCUGGACUCUCCGGUGGACGUGGUCCAAGACACGGCGGUGACCGGAGAGGUCAGCAUGUACCCCUCGGAGGACAGCGCCAGACACAUCUGUAUCCACGUGGACUACACCAUAGGAGAGCAGAAAAGACAGUCCAAGACCUUUUCCAUCCCUGACUGGAGCAGUGAAGCUCAGCCGUAGUGUUUCUGGUCCAGCAGCCAGACCUGCAGCCAGAACCGCAGCCUGUUGUGUCUGUAGUGUCUGUUGUCUUCAUGUCGUUUGACACCCUGUAAAUGCUGGCACACUCAGACAGGAGAAGGAAGCACGCAUGUCCCGAACGCCUUUUUGAUGUGUGUGUGUGUGUGUGUGUGUGUGUGUGUGUCUGCAAGCCUGUGCUGACAGCUCGUUUUAUACCACAUCACUGCAGUGAAUUAAACUCUUCAUUCAUAAUAUGAUCAGUCAUCUGUCACAAAAUGAACCCACAGGUUCACGCUGAAACAGUGAAAGCACCACAGUUUUCUCUUUGCUGUGCUGCUGUGUAGACGUCCAGUUUUGGAGACAUGAAGCUGGCAGUGAGGAACCUUUGACAGGUCAAAACACUGCAGCUGCUGUUGAAGGCAUGCAGAGCUGCAGACAUCACAUAUCAGAACUCGUUUAAUCGUGUGUGUGUUGUGUGGAAUCUGAAGCUGCUGCGUUCAAAUGAGGACUGGACAAAUUUAUCUGGACACGAGCUGGUUUACCUUGGCUGCAUUUCAGUUCUCAGUGAACUUAAGUUCAUCUGUUUUUCGGUUCAGACAGACAGACCGUCUGUUGGCAGAGACCACUGACUUCAUCCAAAGUUGUAAUUACUGCAGCAAAUAUUUGUACAACAAAGUAUUUCCUUUGUGAAUAUGAAGGACUUUUCUGAAGUCAUCAGCGGCAGUAAAAACUGAACUGUUUUUCUAAAAGCUUCUGUUUGAUGGUCACGUUUUCUAAUUAAAAUGAGUUCCGAGUCUGAUUAGAGUUUUGUAAGAUGACAGCUGGAGCUGCAGCGAUUAGUUGAUCAAUCGAUCAGCCGAUCAGAAGAAAAUGAUCAACAAUCCCAUACAUACGUGACGCAGCUAAACUGUUUGGUUUUCCUUCUGUAAUAAAACGUGUUACAGCUGAACUCUUA